UGGUUCAUGUCACAGAGGCGUGGCAUCACCAAGGAUUGUGGGAGACUUUUUAAUGCCAUGGGGGACGACAAUCAUACCUUACUCCACUGAGUCAUAUUAACCAUACACACCUACAGCUAUGCACCUAGCAAUCCUCCUGCUGUGUCUCGGAGCCUCUGUGGCUUUUGAGGUGGACGAUAAGAUUGUGGGUGGGUACGAGUGCAAGCCCCACUCUGCACCCUGGCAGGUGUCCCUGAAGACAAGCUGGCAUUUCUGUGGCGGCACCCUCAUCAGUGAUCGCUGGGUGGUCUCUGCAGCCCACUGUCACAAAGAUGCCGGUGAGUUGACCCUGGUGCUGGGUGACCAUGAGAUCCGCUACGGCGAGGGCACGGAGCAGGAGGUGGGCGCCGAGCUGGCGAUCAAGCACCCCGACUACGACCGCUACACCAUCAACAACGACAUCAUGCUGGUCAAGCUGAAGACCCCCGUCACCCUCAACCAGUACGUCCAGACCAUGGCCCUGCCCAAGAACUGCGCCCCUGCUGGCACCCAGUGCCUGGUGUCUGGAUGGGGAUCCACUCAGAGCCCAUUUGGCUGCAGAUGGUGUCUGAACUGCCUGGAUCUGCCCAUCCUGUCCCAGCAGGACUGUGAGAACUCCUACCCUGAUAGGAUCACCGACUCCAUGUUCUGUGCCGGUUUCCUGGAGGGAGGCAAGGACUCUUGCCAGGGUGAUUCUGGUGGUCCUCUGGUCUGCAACAAUGAGCUCCAGGGAGUGGUGUCAUGGGGAUGGGGAUGUGCUGAGGCCAAUCGCCCUGGAGUGUACGCAAAGGUCUGCAAAUUCACUGAUUGGAUCAAGUCAACUAUGGCCUCCAACUAAGGAUUUAACUGGGAGGACAUACUCAGCCUCAUGUG